CCGAGAUAUUCGAUUAGAGUGCAGCUUUCGAGGACGGUGUCGAAGAUAAAUAUAAACGCGUUCCCGGCAGUCCGAAAGUUAGCUGGGGAAAAGUUCCGUUGUAACACCCAUCGCGAGGUCUUUACGACCGCCAUCCGCCAUCCAAAACAACGGUGAAUGUUGUAUUUUGACAGGAAGCUGCAAAAAUGACGAGCAUGGAGGAUGGAGGCGUUGGUGUCAACUUUGAACCGCGAGGUCGUUUCAUCAAAGAAAAUGCGUUCGUCGAAGCUAUCUUCGGCAUUCUCUAUGGCAUGACGCAGGGGAACCAUCUGAAUCCCUUCAUAGGACUGGGAAUUCAGAUGGUUGAAGAUUUGCAAUUGCUUUCCUUCUCGUUCCAGCCUCAGUAUGGAUUCGGAAACUUGCCCUCGUGGAUGCCAUACGUUUUCAAUCCUCUGUCCGCCAAGCCCCACAAUUACAAAGGCCUUCUGGUUCUUUUCUAUCUUGCCUUCGGCGUUACCGUCGCCAAUGCGUUGCUGACUGUGGUUGUUGGAAUUUCGAUGCGAGGAUCGCAGAUGAAAGUUGUUUGGCCGCUACAGCUCCUUCGGAUUCUGACGACGGCUCUUUCGACGGUCCUUUUGAUUCCCAUUAUCGAGAUUUUCUUACAUGCUUUUGCUUGCUACAACGCGGAAACAGACCUGCCACAGCUGCUGGAGAAGACGUCAUUGUGUUUUUCGUCCGAGUACCUGCCUCCAUUCGUCCUUUCCAUUACGGCGUUGAUAUACCUGAUUCUGCAGGCGCCCCUUAUUGCGCUGGUAUUCUUCUCCAUCGAUCCCACGGCGAAAGAUGUCCACGCCAAGACGACUGGCAGAUUUGACUCGGUGUACAACUGCCUCAGGAUCGCCUUAGCGAUCUGCCUGGAGGUGUUUCGACCUUACCCGCAGGUGGCUUUGGCAGCCAUCAUUAUCACAUCCAUCGUCAUGUACGGAAUAACCAUCCGCUACCAGCCUUAUUUUGUGUCAUGGGUCAAUGACUUGCGAGCUGGCAUCUACUUUGCGAGCCUGGUGUCGGCAAUCCAGGCAGCAAUUGUCUUCAUUGUUGGUCCUACGGAAGGCCCUGCCUCUUUCGCCGUGCUCUGCUUGCUUCUUCUGCCCUCCUUUGGGGUCGGGGCUCAACUCUGCAAACUCAGCCGAAGACGUAUCGCUGAGGGUGUCUAUCAAAGGUUCCGCGCAAAAAUGGCGUAUCAACCAAAUCUCGCCAGAUCGCCUGCACCUUCUACGACACUGAAGAGAUCUGCAUCUUUCUUGAAGAACCAGCGGCUCACUCCCUUGCAGCAACAAAUUCUGGAAGAGUCGACGGAGCCCGACCUUGAGCUGAAUAGUCCCGCCAAAUUGAGGGCAAUUACCACCAAAAUCAACCCGAAACCAAUCAAAGUUUUUAAAUCAAUUGAGGAUGUCGAAAUUGCAUGCCGGUUUUUGCAAAACAAUGACGACGCUGAUGCGCGUAGCUUGGCGAGGAAGAUCUUCUUGGUCGGAGUGGAUCAGUUCCCGCGCUCUAGCCAAAUUUAUCUACUCCGAGCUCAUUACGUCGUGACAUUCAACAUCCAAGGAACCGAUGUUGCAUACGAUUCGCUGCUUUCGGCGAAAUUGAUGAAGCCGCCAUUCGACAUUCGAUUCUUUUUGACAAGAGAGGAGCGAUGUUUGGAGCAAGACAGACGGAAAGAAGAUCUGCUAGUGUCCAGUCUGAACGUCACUGGAUACGCUGAGCUCUCAUCUAUGGAGGCAGAUGCUCGUCAUUAUCAUCUCGAGACGCUCAUUGCCGUGAAGUGUUUGUGGCAGUACAUGAAAGCAGAGAAAUCACCAGCCGCUGAAUUGCCAUAUUUGCUUGACUCGGUGGCGCAUAAUCGCCACAUAGCGUCAAGGCUGUACGAGAAGAUUCUUUCGAAAUUCCCGCGAUCAAAACAAAUUAUGAGGCAUUACAGCAACUUCCUCUUGACGACUUCAGAUGAUACCGAGAAAGCUAAGAAGCUGUUUGCCGUACGUUGCGUCGGUCCUACAAGGAGGUUUGUGCAUCGUUCCUAACCAUAUGUCAACGUUCUCGCAUCAGCGUGCUGAGCAAAUUGACAAUGAUGAGAAGCGCGAGAUGUCGCUGAGACACGGGAAUGCAAAUAUGGCGGCCAUGACGACUAUUGGGCAAAGUCAGAUGUCCGGCAUGGCCCAGAGCACGACGUCCAACAUUGGGCAGAAUCCAGUGUCGAACAUCGUGGCGACUGCUACCAUACCGGAGCAAAAUAGCUUUGAUGAAGACAU